AUGGGCACCAUCCUACUGCAGCAAGAUGUCAGGUCCCCGUUCCUCUGCCCGUGGUGGUCGCAGGGCCUGGUGUUCCACCAGGCGCUGGUGGACUGCGCGCGCGCCGCCAUCCUGCUCCCUCUGGCCGUCAGCAUCCUGCGCUGCCAGCCGGUGCACAAGUGCUCCCUGGUCGAGACGGCCUUCCUGCUGCUCGUCACCGUCUCCACCGUCAACAUGCUCACCACCGUGCUCAACGACUCCCCUGUCUUUCCGCAGGAUGACGAGACGGAGGAGCAGAGCCCGCUGCUGAUGGACUCGCCGCAGUGCGUGCUGUUCGGCACGUUCAUGAUCUGGUUCGCGUCGAUCACGAUCAACCUGGGCCCCACGUUCCUGAGCGGCGCGCUGGCCGCCAGCGCCGAGGUGAGCCACAACGCGCCCAGCUGCCCUCUGGUGCACGGGCCCUUCCGCCACUACGUGCUCAACGUGCUCUGGAUCGCCGUCAACGUCGUCUGCGUCCUGCUCACGCUCUUCCACCUGCACAAGCUGCACCGCGACCUCACCAAGGCCAACGUGCAGGCUGUGAGGGUGGCGGGUCUGGUGACGACGCUGGUGAGCGUGACCGGGGGCAGUGGCGGCGGAGCCACGGCGGCGGCGACGGGACUGCCGGGGGCGGUGGGGACGGGCGCCAUGUCCCGCGGCCUGCCCCCGGGGGCGGCGGCCGGCGAGAAGCUCGGGGGCGGCGCGCUGGCCGAGAGCCGGCGCAUGCGCAACUACCUGCAGCGCGUGGAGCGCGAGGGCGUGCAGCGCGUCAAGAUGUUCCUCGUCAUCACGGCCGCCUACGUCGUCUUCUGGGGGCCGCUCUUCCUCGUCACGCUCGUCCACCGGCCCGCGCUCGGCUCGCAGCUCGGCUACGAGAUCACGCUGCACGUGGCCUACGUCCACGCCUUCGUGCAGCCGACGCUGUUCCUCGUGCUGCACCACGGCCUCCGCCAGGCGGCCCUCGAGUCGUGCUGCCGCCCACCCAGUAAAAUUAUCAAAAAUUCUUGCUCCUUACGGCGAGUGGCUGAGAUGGAGCACGGGAGACCGGCGGGCGGCUAUUGUUUGAGGCGACGUGAGCGGUGUUUACUGUGGCCGCGGGACGAGGCUGCAGCCAGGCUGGGGCUGGCCAGAGCGGAGGCAGCUACCGGCCGUUCAUCAGGCGGGGGCUGA